GCUCUGAAGCUCGCAUACUUGGCUGAGCGAGCUAGCUUUGCAUGAUCCCAGCUAGAAGAACUUCUAACGAAAUGUGUUAGGUUGUGUGAUGGUAUUUGCUGUAAGAAUUCACAAUGUCGGCACAGCAUCGAGCUGCACAGCUGUUGGACUUCAGCCAGAAAUUCGAUGUACCUCUUCUCGAUGAUGUUGUCGCCUAUGGACUUGAAGGAGCUGUUCAGGGAGCUGAGCAACAAGUAUGCCAACAAGUAUUGACACAAUUGAAGGACCACCCCGACGCCUGGACAAGAGUUGAUAUGAUUUUGGAGUUCUCCCAGAGUCAGAGCACGAAGUUUUAUGCACUGGGCAUUCUACAAGACGUGAUCAAGUCUCGGUGGAAAGCGUUAUCCAGGGAGCAAUGUGAAGGUAUCAAAACGUACAUCGUUGGCCUCGUUAUCAAGCUGUCGUCUGACUCAGCCAGCCUUUCUAGUGAGAACCUUUAUGUGAACAAGCUCAAUGCAAUCCUUGUCCAGAUCGUAAAGCAUGAAUGGCCGAGAAAUUGGCCCACCUUUAUCGCUGACAUUGUGGGCGCCAGCAAAACCAAUGAGAGCUUAUGCCAGAACAACCUUGCCAUCUUGAAGAUCCUCAGUGAAGAGAUCUUUGACUUUUCGGCUGGUGUAAUGACGCAGAACAAGGCCAAGCAUCUCAAGGACACGAUGUGCGAUGACUUUCCUCAGAUCUUUGAGCUGUGCACAUUUGUUAUGCACAACUCGCAAUCAGUCUCUCUCGUACAUGAAACGUUAGAGACGUUGCAGAGGUUCAUCACUUGGAUGCCGCUGGGUUAUAUCUUUAGGACGAAGCUCGUCCCAACAUUGAUUUACAAGUUUCUCAACGUCCCGGACUUUCGAAAUGUGACUCUCCGGUGUUUAACAGAAGUUGCAAGUAUCUCUUUCUCAAAGGAAGAUGAGGAGUCCGCUGAGCUGUUUUGCACGUUGUUCUCACUAACACUGUCACAGCUGAAGCAGAUGCUGCCACUUACAACGAACAUCAAAGAAGCAUACAAGAAUGGAAGAGAUCCAGAACAGGCAUUCAUUCUCAAUCUCAGUAUGUUCCUGUGCACAUUCUUGAAAGUGCACGGAAUGCUGCUUGAGGCAAAGUCUGGUAUGCACGACCAUUUGCUGGAGGCUCUACACUUCCUGGUUCUUAUUUCCGAAGUGGAGGAGAAAGAGAUCUUCAAGAUCUGUCUGGAAUACUGGAGUACCCUCACUUUUGAGCUGUACCUUGAGAAGCCAUAUGCCGGGGAUCCGUCUCAGCAGCAGCAAGUGUCGCGAAGACCUCUCUACUAUCCCGUCCUAUCAAAGGUCCGCUUUAUCAUGAUCAGCAACAUGGCAAAACCAGAAGAAGUUGUAGUCGUUGAGAAUGAGGCUGGAGAGGUAGUAAGAGAGACCCUGGUCGACACUGAUGCGGUCAGUCUGUACAAGACGAUGCGAGCAACUCUUGUGUACCUGACACAUCUUGACUGGUAUGACACAGAACGGAUUAUGACAGAGAAACUAGAGAGCCAGGUGAAUGGUACUGAGUGGUCAUGGAAGAACCUCAAUCGGCUUUGCUGGGCAAUUGGAUCCAUCAGCGGUGCCACAGUGGAAGAGAACGAGAAGCGGUUUCUGGUUACCGUUAUCAAGGAGCUUCUCGGUAUGGUCGAAAUGAAGCGGGGCAAGGACAACAAGGCCAUCAUUGCCUCUAACAUCAUGUACAUCGUUGGCCAGUAUCCUCGUUUCCUUCGAGCUCACUGGAAGUUUUUGAAGACAGUCGUGAAGAAACUUUUCGAGUUCAUGCAUGAGCUACAUGAUGGUGUACAAGACAUGGCUUGCGACACUUUCAUCAAGAUAGCUCAGAAAUGCCGUCGCCACUUUGUGUUUGUGCAAGUUGGAGAAACAGAACCGUACAUCCGGGAAAUCCUGAAGACCAUCAGCUCAAUUAUCUGUGAUCUUCAGCCGCAGCAGGUCCACACAUUCUAUGAAGCAGUUGGCUACAUGAUCAGUGCUCAGACUGAUAGUCUGAUGAUGGAGCCACUCAUAGACAAGUAUUUUGAGUUACCAAACAGUGUGUGGGACAAUGUCAUCCAACAAGCCACAAAAGACGUAACGGUACUGCAAGACCGUGAAACGGCCAAGCAGCUAAGCAACAUUCUGAAGACGAAUAUUGCUGGCUGUACUGCAAUCGGUCAUGCGUAUGUGACACAGCUUGGUCGUAUUUACUUGGACAUGCUCAAUGUGUACAAGGUGUUGAGUGAGAACAUCUCAACAGCCAUUGCCACGCAUGGAGAGCAUGCAGCCAAGCAGCCACAGCUUGUGGCGAUGCGUGCUGUAAAGCAAGAUGUAUUGCGCCUGAUCUCUACAUGGAUUGGCAAGUCUCAUGACCACAAGAUGGUGCUCGAUAACUUCAUCCCUCCCUUCCUAGAUGCUGUGCUUGCCGAUUAUCACCGCAACGUGCCAACAGCACGAGAGCCAUUGGUGUUAUCUGCACUUGCAACUACCAUCAAUCACCUUGGUGACUGUAUAACAGUUCAUGUUCCAGCAAUAUUCGAUGCAGUGUUCGAGUGUACGCUUGACAUGAUCAACAAAGACUUCCAGGAGUUCCCGGAGCACCGCACAAACUUCUUCAACAUGCUGCAAGCUGUCACAGAGCACUGCUUUUCAGCAUUCCUCCAAAUGCCACCGAUGCAGUUCAAGCUCAUCAUGGACUCCAUUAUCUGGGCAUUCAAGCAUACCAUGCGAAAUGUUGCUGAGACCGGCUUGAAUAUUUUGCUGACUUUGCUGAAGAACGUUGAAGCGACAGAAGCUGCCCAGGGCUUUUACAGUACCUACUAUUUGCUUGUACUCCAGCACAUCUUCUCUGUUGUGACAGACUCAUCCCACACAGCAGACUUGUUCAUGCAUGCCACAAUCCUGGCUCGCCUUUUCUACAUUGUUGAGGACAAUGUUGUAACAUGUGCGCUGUAUGAAGGAGACCCAUCCGUAUCUGGUCCAACCACCAACCAGGUGUAUGUUGCAGAAUUCGUCGGCCAACUGCUUGGCCAAGCAUACCCUCAUCUACAAGAGCAACAGCGGCGGGUUUUGGUUGAAGGCUUCUUUAGCCUGGACACGAACGUCAGUGGCUUCAAGGACCAUCUCCGAGAUUUCCUCGUCCAGAUCAGAGAAGUAUCUGGCGAAGACGCAACUGAUCUCUACCUGGAAGAGAGAAAGGAGCAGCUACGCGUUGCUGCAGAUGAAAAGCGUCGUGUGCAAAAUGCUGUGCCCGGUGUCCUGAACCCACACGAGCUACCAGAUGAGAUGGAGUCUUGACUUUAGCAGAAAUUACCAAUGUCUGAUGUAUCAUCCUUCUUUCAAAUCAUCAUCGCCACGUAGAAUCCUGAGAGUUGUGAUCCUUGAACCGAGAAGCAGAAUCAGUUGUACAGUUGCUCAUCAAUAUAUACUCACUGUCGCCGUCGUCGCUGCCAUCGCUACUACUGCUGCUCGCCGCUACUGCCAUCACCUCUGCUCCUUUAUUUUGGCCGUGACUUGAAUGUGUGCUUCCGUGAAGGUUCACCUUACUUCAGCAGUGCCGGCAUCCGCCAAAGUGCCUGCUUACUUGCACACCUGCCAACAGCAUCGCCUUGUUGCCAGGCUAUGUCAGCAUGGUGUGGCCGCGAUACGUGUAUGCAGUUCAACAGGACUGCUCGAUUCGUGCGCACACAUGUGCGUGCAUACGUGCGUGUGUGUGUGUGGCGUGGUGUUGCCAUGUGGUGAUGGUGUGCAAUAAUUGGCAGUGUUGCUGCCGCGCGCUCCAUGCCCAUCCCGAUGUAUCCAGUUAGUGGUAGCUCUGGCCCAUAUCUGCCUAUGCUGCCUAUGUGCUUCCAAUACCGGCUGGUACGGACCAUCACCACCACCACCAGCGCUACCACCACCAGCGCUACCACCACCAGCGCUACCACCACUGCCAGCAAUGCCACCUACCUACCCGUGGCCCAGCAUUAGUACAGUGCAGUGGUCACCGUAGUUCACAAGCGGCCUUUUAGUUAUCUCACCUUUUUUCUUGAAGUGCAUGGUUUUGUGUGCUCCUUUAAGAAAAGUUUUUGUUUUAAGAAGAGACAUUCUCCGAUCAUUUUUGCUUUGAUUGUCUAGUACUAAGCUGUGUGAUUACCCCCACUGCGUACAUAUUGCUUUUAUGUAGCGUUACAAGUGCUUUUUCUGGCUUUGCUAGCUGUACUCCGCGUCUGCCCCUCUGGCUGGCUUCAAACCUGAGGCAAUCUCCCAUUGCCAAUAUGUGUGCGCUCAUCGCAGAACACGCAUGCUGCUUUUCUACUGUGUACAUUUCAGCGGCGAUAACCUACUGUGCGAUACGCGCCCCAUUCUUUACUGUGUAUAGAUUGUUUGUUUUUACCUCUGGUUUUGUUUAAUUUUCGUUCUGUCUGUUUUACUAGUGCCAGGUUUGCACCAAACUCGUGUUUGUUCUUAUCUUUCUGCUGUCGUUUGUUGGUGUUGUCGGUGUAACCUAAUGACAUUUUGACUCGUCUCAUUUUUAUUGACUUUGUCAUUAUUAUACCCUGCAGUUUGCGUCUCCCGUUUUUGCUGGUCAACGUUGAGAUGGUACAUCUUUGCUUCUUUCCACUACUUGCGCAUUGCCUGUAUCUGCUGUAUUUCUCUACGUGAGAUUCA